AGACCUGUUUCUCUCCCAUGGUCUACUUUGAUUGCUCUACUGCUGGAAUUGGCUCCAAUGGCGUUGAAUGUCAGAAGAGCUGCAACACUCUGGACAUGGCCUGUAUCCAUACAGGGUGUGUGUCAGGAUGCAUGUGCCCCUCUGGCCUGGUGUCGGAUGGCAAGGGGGGCUGCAUCUUGGAGAGCAGCUGUCCCUGUGUCUACAAUGGAAACACCUAUACACCUGGGGAGACACUGUCAGUGGACUGCAACCAAUGCAAAUGCACCAACCGGAGGUUUGAGUGUACCAAAAAUGUGUGCGAUGAAGUCUGUAGUAUAUAUGGUGAUGGACAUUACUCCACUUUUGACGAGAAGAAGUUUGACUUCAGUGGACAGUGUGAAUACACUCUCAUCGAGGACUACUGUGACGAAUCAAGUGGAACGUUUCGAGUCAUCACAGAGAAUGUACCCUGUGGAUCCACAGGGACAACCUGCUCCAGGGCUAUCAAGAUCUUCAUGGGGGCAAAUGAGUUCCAGUUGAUGGAUGGAAAAUACUCUAUGGUUAAAGGCAAUGGUACUGAGUUCCCGAUCCAGGUGCGCAAGAUGGGCCUUUACAUGGUCGUGGUUCUGAAGCAGGGACUGGUGCUUAUGUGGGACCAGAAGACCAGCCUCUUUAUCCGAUUGAGCGCAACAUACCAGGGUCAAGUGUGUGGUCUAUGUGGAAACUAUGACGGCAACAGCAAGAAUGAUUUUACCACACGUUCUGGCGAGAAUGUGGUUGAUACUCUGGACUUUGGCAACAGCUGGAAGGUGUCAGGCACCUGUCCAGAUGCUGAGCUGGCCAGUGACCCCUGUUCUGCCAAUCCUUAUCGCGAAGCCUGGUCCAAAAAGCAGUGCAGCAUCAUCAACAGUAUUACUUUCAAGAAUUGUCACUCAAAGGUGGACCCUGGUCCUUUCUAUCAAGCCUGUGUCACAGACUCCUGCGCUUGUGACACUGGUGGUGAUUGCGAGUGCUUCUGCACAGCCGUGGCCGCAUAUGCAAAAGCCUGCUCUGAAGCCAGCGCAUGUGUCAGAUGGAGAACCCCAAAGAUCUGUCCUGUGUUUUGUGACUACUACAACUAUCCCAGUGGCUGUGAGUGGCACUACAAGCCAUGUGGCGCUCCCUGCAUGAAGACCUGCAGGAACCCAACUGGGAACUGCUCCAAUCUCAUCACCGCCCUAGAAGGUUGCUACCCAAAUUGUCCACCGACCAGUCCAUUCUUUGACGAGGACAACAUGAAGUGUGUUUCCAUUGACCAUUGUGGUUGCUACGAUGUACAAGGCAAUCACUAUGCUGAUGGGGCUGUAGUCCCAUCACAGAACUGUUAUGUCUGCUCAUGUACUAAUUCUGGAAUAAGCUGCAUAUAUGAUGUCAACACUUGCAAAUGUUUAGUCAACGGUAAAUUCUACCCAUAUGGGGCGGCAAUUUACAAUACCACUGAUGGACUAGGGCAUUGUAUCACCGCCACAUGUGCGGCAAAUGAUACAAUAGUCAGAGGAUUGUAUCCAUGUGUAACCACAACCACUCCGGAGCCAUCCACAACACCUCUUAUCACAACCACUGUGGCCAGCACAAUCACCGAGAUCUUCACAACACCAGGCCCAUUCACAAUCUUCACAUUUUCAACACCUGAACCAUCAACUUCCAGACCGACCGAAACUACAAAACAGAAAGAAAAUACAACUGCACCAACAACAGUUGAAACCUCAACAGUGGAAAACAUCAAUCCAACAACUGCUGCUACAACAGCUGUAGUAGAAACCACUACCUCAGUGCCACAGCCCUCAACAACUAGCCCUGAAACAACAGUUGUAACUUCAACACCAACUGUUGAGACGGUGACAACAGUGACUACAGUGACUACAUCAGUAACAACAGAAGGUACUACAGAAAAACCCACUGAAACUUCAACCUCCGGGGUUUCAACAGCUGCGACUGUAUCAACAACAAAGCCACUUAAAGAAGAAACCACUGGCACAACAACUGCUGCUACAACAGCUGUAGUUGAAACCACUACCUCAGUGCCACAGCCCUCAACAACUAGCCCUGAAACAACAGUUGUAACUUCAACACCAACCGUUGAGACAGUGACAACAGUGACCACAGUGACUACAACAGAAGGUACUACAGCCAAACCCACUGAAACUUCGACAUCCGAGGUUUCAACAGCUGCGACUGUAUCAACAACAAAGCCACUUAAAGAAGAAACCACUGGCACAACAACUGCUGCUACAACACCUGUAGUUGAAACCACUACCUCAGUGCCACAGCCCUCAACAACUAGCCCUGAAACAACAGUUGCAACUUCAACAUCAACCGUUGAGACGGAGACAACAGUGACUACAUCAGUAACAACAGAAGGUACUACAGAAAAACCCACUGAAAUCACAAAAUCAGAGGUAACAACUGCUGCGACUGUAUCAUCAACACAGCCACCUGCAGCUAGCCCUCAAACAACUAAAGAGGCAAUAGAAUCACUAACAAAGACUCUACCGCCUGCUGCAAGUUUUCCCCCAAUAAUUACUACAGCACUUCCUGAAACAAGCUUCACAACAAGCAUAACAACGGUUGAAACAAUUCAAACAGGGACUACCGCAACUUCGUAUGUCCCUACUACAGAGCUUUUAGUACAUAAAACUACUACCGGUAUUCCUUCAACUACGUCAUGCAAAUGUAUUGUCAAUGGAACAGAGUAUCUUCCAGGCCAAAUGCUGUACAACCGGGAUGACGGUUUGAAGUUUUGUUACAUAGCCCAUUGUGGACAGUCUUGUAACAUUACCACAUCUGUGCUGCCAUGUUCGACAACUGAACUGCCAACCACCACUGCCGCCAGCUCUACCACACCAGGGGUCAGCUCUAAAGAAACCCUGCCUACUCCUACUUCAGUUUCCACCCCUGCUACAACACUUGGACACUGUGUAUAUCUGAGUGAGAAGAAAGAGAAUGGGGAGACAUGGACUGCUGACAACUGCACCACGGCCUCCUGCAUCAAUGGCCAGAUCGUUCAGAACUCUGUUCCCUGUCCAUCUGUUGAGAUGCCCCACUGUUUAAAUAACAACACGGCUAUUCAGGUUACAGAUGAAAGUGGAUGCUGUAAUCACUACGUAUGUCCAUGUCAGUGUACCAGCUGGAAGAAAACUUCCUAUAUAACAUUUGAUGGAGAAAGGUACAAAUUUAACCAGAACUGCUCCUAUUACGCAAUGAAAGAGAUCAUUCCAAAAUACAACCUGACUGUUAUAGUAAACAAUAGAUAUUGUUUGAAAGAGGACCCCACAUUCUGCCCCCAAGCGCUCAUUGUAAACUACAAGCAGUACACGAUUGUCCUGACAUCAGAAAAUAAUGGAUUUAGCGAUAUGGUGCUUUUGAAUGACAAACGCAUCUUCCCUGCGUAUACCAACAACGACUUGCAAAUCACUGGUACCAAUAUGAUCAUAACAUUGCUAAUACCAGCUCUCGAUGCUAAGAUCGUCUAUGGUGUCACAAAUGGAGAAUCGUACUUCUUUAUCGAUUUAUCCCCAACACUCUUUAGCGGGACCACAGAGGGACUAUGUGGUACGUGCGACAACUCAAUAGCCAAUGACUGCCGCGGGCCAAACGGACAGUUGGAGGAGUGCACCGAUUCCGCUGGCAAAUGGCUUGUUCCUGACACACCCUGUGAAACAUCCACUGCCCCGCCCACUGUGUCCACUUCAACCAGAACACCAGGCACCAGCCCAACACCAGGCAUCAGCCCAAAACCAGGCACCAGCCCAACACCAGGCACCAGCCCAACACCAGGCACCAGCCCAACACCAGGCACCAGCCCAACACCAGGCACCAGCCCAACACCAGGCACCAGCCCAACACCAGGCACCAGCCCAACACCAGGCACCAGCCCAACUCCAUGCCAGACCACAGCCUGUGACAUCCUGAACAGCAGUGUGUUUUCCCCAUGCCACUUGCAUGUGUCCCCUAAUCCAUUCAUGGAGACCUGUGAGUCAACCGUCUGCAAUGGGGAAAAUGUGUGCAUGAUCUUUGCGGUCUACGCAAGAAAGUGUGCCCAAGCCGGAGUCUGCAUCGACUGGAGGAAUGCCACAAAUGGCCAAUGCGACCAAGAUUGUCCUAGCCACAUGGUGUACAACGCAUGUGGCCCACCUGUGGUGCCUACAUGCAACUCCAAGUAUAAUGAAAUGUACAAUUCUGAGAUACAAAUACAGAACGGAACAUCACUCCAGGAGGGCUGUUACUGUGCACCCGGCACAACACGAUUCAACACAGCCUACGAUGUCUGUGUGACGUCCUGCGACUGUGUUGGACCUAACGGCAUGCCAAAGGAGCUGGGUGAGAGUUGGACAAGCGAUUGCAAUAACUGCCGCUGCGACAAUGAAACCAUUAGCGUCCAGUGUACUCCUGUGUCCUGCGUGGCAGAGCCCAGCCCCGACUGUAGCGACCCCGGCUAUAAAUCUGUUAACAAAACAGUUGACUGCUGCUUCAAGGAGACAUGUGAGUGCGAUACCAGUCGGUGUCCUGCCGUAUCACCUUGCCCCAUAGGAUUUGAAACCAACGUCACGAAGACCAAUGGAGAUUGCUGCAUAGACUAUUCCUGCGUUCCGAAAGAAGUGUGUGUCAACAGCAGUGUGGAGUACUCACCUGGGUCAAAGGUUCCGUCCUCAGAUCCCUGUGACGAGUGUUCCUGUAGCAACAAUAUGGAUGCACAGACAGGACUUUUCUCCGUUGUGUGUACACCUGUCAGAUGUAACAAAACCUGUGAAGCGGGUUACGAGUACCAGGCUGUUAAAAACAUGUGCUGUGGCAAAUGUGUCCAGAAGAGCUGUAUCAUGACCUAUAACAACACCAAGUAUAUCACACAGAAUGAGACGUGGUCGCCCCCUGGUGACAGCUGUAUUGAAUACACCUGUGAUUUAUCCACAACACCUCCUACCGCCAUCGAGUCCAAAACCAGCUGUGCCCAAUACAACCCAGAGGAUUGUGUGCCUGGCACCGAGACAACAGACUCUAAAGGAUGCUGCAAGACAUGCCAACUGCGCAGUGUGUGUGAGAUGAAGACCGAGGUGACCGUUAUUGAGAUUGACGGAUGUAAAAACCUGGAACCUGUCCAAAUGUCCUUCUGCUCAGGAACCUGUGGAAGUUCAUCCAAAUUCUCCGCAGCUGCAAACAAGAUGAUGCACAAGUGUGCAUGUUGCAAGGAGCUGACCACCAGUGUGAAGGAGGUGCAGUUGACGUGUGGCGACGGCUCCACCCGUACACAACAAUACACCAGCGUGGACUCGUGCAGCUGCGAGGACUCCGCCUGCGCGACGCAAGGGAAGAGACGCCGCAGACGCUAACGCAAACGAACAGCCAUCGGCGCGAUCCCGAAUAUACGCCCCAUUAAUUUUCCUCAUUUUACUGUAAUGAAACCAAUUGCUAGAAUGAAACAAAUACUUGUACUAGGUGUCAUUUGUUGUGACAUAUUUUCCCACAUAUUUGUAUUGACAUCUACUUUAGACGAGAUGUUUUGUUUUGUCACUACAAUCAAAUAUAAUUUUCUGCAACCAUAAAACUGAAUUGUUUUUUCUGCUCACAAUUUCUCAUGAGCCAAGUAAAUGCUUGGUGAACAGAACUCAGUACAAAGACACAUUUUCACUCAUAUUUAUGAUCCAGUCAUAUUGAGAAACAAAAGCAAAAGAAAAUCCACUCGAGGAAGAAGGUCAGAGAUUUUCAGAUCACGACUUCAUUAACCAACACGCAAGCUCAGAGUCCCAUAAAUAUAUCAAAUAUAAUAGUGUUUAGUCUUUGCUAAGCUAUUGGGUGUCACUGUUCAUAAGAUUUAUAUUUGGAAGUAGUUCAAUUCAAGAGGUCCAAAAUCCUUCCGGCAACAUGGUCGAACAAUUUGUUGAAGGCAAAGGUCUGUGGCUCAUAACUUAAAGAUCCAAUACAAUUACUGAAUCGGCAAAAUAACAAUGGUGUAUAAAUAGACACUCACUUUUCAACAAACGCUUUACCCUGACAUGGCACAUGUUGACAAGGCUCCAGUAAUAUUUAUUUCCGAGAUUUGCAACCCACUGGGAAUCUUUUCUGAAAAAUAUAGAUCUUUAAAGCGAAACACACGCAAAAAACGAUGCAAGUUGGCAAAAAAAAAAACGUUGGCAGGCAACAUU